GAUUUAUGAACCUAUCCUUGAUAUCUCAAUAGCGUCACCAUACACCUCUGAGAAGAGUUCGGAUAUCAUGGAUUACGUACAUGCAAAAUUGAGAACCAACAUGGCUGCGAGCACAAUUGAGGAAUACAACGCCGUCAAGAAGACGUCAGAGGAGUCCGAGACUCAACACCAAGGAGGGCCACGGGUAUUAGCGGAUCAGCCACAAUCGAUCUUGGAGUUGCAGCGUGAUUUGGAGGACUCAAAUCCAGUGCCAGUCCACUCAUCACAUUGCCCUGCAAGCAAUAUCCCACAUCCCGCGACGAAUGGCGACCACGACUUACCCCUAAGGAUAAAAGAGGGCCUUCGCAGGCAUGCCAAGGCAGUGGUGGUCAUAACAUGCCGCCACGAGGGUCAACGCUAUGCAAUGGCCGCUACCGCUGCCUGCGAGCUCAGCUUGGAACCCCCUUCGCUGUUGGUUUGUGUCAACAAAUCGGCCUCGAUACAUUCACCCUUGACCAAAGGCGCCGACUUCUGCAUCAACAUCCUUCACUCCUCGCAUCAGACGAUAGCCAGAAUGUGCAGUGGGAAGGUCAAGGGCGAAGCACGAUUCGAGGAAGGCAGUUGGGCAGAAGACGAGCAAUACAUGCCCUACCUAUCCGAUGCUCAGGCAAAUUUCUUCUGCAAGCUGGAUGGAAGCUUCUCCUACGGAACACACGAGGUUUUUAUUGGGCAUAUCCGGAGCGCGCGAACCAAUGGGCCAGUGGAUCCUUUGGUGUACGUGGAUGGUAGCUAUAUUCCAUUGGGACAAGCAUAG